ACACCGCUCAUAUUUCCUAUCAUCUUAAGGAAGCACGCACGGGCUCACGCACGCGCGCAGUUUGCAGACAGGACGACCGGGACUGUCCGUUAUCAGAGUAUAAUGCCGCGUCUCUCCAAGACGACGUGCAUCUUCACCGCCUUCCUGUCCGGGGCUCUGAUCUCCGCGUGCCAAGCAGCCCCGAGCUGCGGAGAAGUCCGGUGUGCCGAGGGCCAGCAGUGUUGCCCGCCAACCGUCACCGGUAACGGCAGCGCGAGCCCCGCGGUACGCUGCUGCAAGCUUCCCAUCAACAUCUUCUUCGAUAACGUGGGCUUGUGGACACGGAAGCUCUCCGGCAUCCUCAUCCUGCUUCUCCUGUUCGCCAUGGGAUACUUCAUACAGCAGAUCAUUUGCCCGCGGCAGCGCCGACAACCGAACGACAGACCAGACGAUCCGUCACUGUUCCACGUGCAUGCCACCGCGUCCCAGGACUCGCUGCUUGACCGCUACUCCGAAUACAGCCUGGCUGACUUCACUUCUCCCAACCUACCGACCUACGACGAGGUGAAAUACCUACCGACGUACGAGGAAUCAAUGCAAGACAUGCACAGAGACCGGUCAGAUGACAACUUGUUGGCCCAGAAUGAGGGCACUGCUCUGGGCAGAGGCAGGGCAGCGGGACCGGGCAGAGCCAGGGCAGGACCAGGCAGAGCCAGGGAAGGACCAGGCAGAGCCAGGGCAGGACCGGGACUCCGGGAUGAGGGACAGGAUAUGCUGGAAGUGUCAGGACACAGCACACGAGCUUGCAGGAACUCGGUUUGAGGGAAUGACACACAAUGACACUUACUAGGAUAGCCCAUAUAUUUGUUUUAUUUUAAUAUCAAAAGAGGAUAUUUGAAAAUGCUACAGGCGAAUAAAUUAGGCUAUUGUAAGUGCAAUUAUAAGUUGCUACAAUGAAUGUUGAAAAUGAAUGUGGACUUUUUUGUGUUUUAGUCUGAAUUUGGGGGUCUACUUGUUCUACGCACGUGAUCCUAAAUGAGAGGAAAGGAGAGUGACCCUGAGAUUAGAAAAAUUAUAUACAUUUAGCAGACGCUUUAAUCCAGAGCGAUGUACAAGACAGUAGCCUUUAUAUAGAACAAGGAUCUGAAGCGCAUGAUAACAAUAUUUAACGAUUAAAAUAAGUUAAGUCUUUCUAGAGUGAUUCUGUACCUCGCGAG